UAGAAAGUUACUAUAAAAAUGAUUUUUCUUUUUGAAAUGGAUUAAAUGAAAAAGUUAAACGAAAAGAGUAUAUCUUUAUUCAAAUCUGGCCAACUACAAGUCCGCUGCCUACCAAAGUUUACCCAAUUCAUAUAUAAUUUGGCAUUUGUUUUUGUCGUCACUCUCACCAUUGUCAAUGCAAAAUUCGUUCUUUGUAUAAUUAGAUAUUAUUAUAUUCUUAUAGAGGUGUAAUGUCACUGUCAGUGGCUUGUUUAAAAUACUACAUAUUUUGUAAACAAAGUGGCUUGAGCACGACGUAAAUUAGUCAUGAAUUUCUCUCUGAUUCUCCUUACACUAGCUAUCUCCUCCCUUGUUUUCGUCUUUCUUCACAAAUUAUUAUUGUCAUCUAAAAGGCAGACUAGAAAUGUACCAGAAGCUGAUGGAGCAUGGCCGAUUAUCGGCCAUCUCCAUCUUCUUAAUGGACCUCAAAUGCCUCACAAAAUCUUCGGUCAUAUGGCUGAUAAAUACGGACCAAUUUUCCGAUUAAAGCUAGGGGUAAAUCAAGUAGUAAUUGUAAGUGAUCCCGAAAUAGCAAAAGAAUGCUUCACUAAAAAUGAUAAGGCCUUUGCAAAUCGUCCCAAAUCCAUAGCUUCAGAGAUCUUUGGAUACAACUACGCUUCGUUUGGGCUUGGACCUUAUGGUCCCUACUGGCGAGAGAUAAGGAAGAUUGUCACCAUUGAAAUCUUUUCAGCUCGGCGAAUUGAGAUGCUUAGCCAUGUUAGAAAAUUUGAAGUAAACUCAGCUGUUAAAGAAACUUAUGAAUACUGGUUGAAGAAUAAUAAGAGUAGUAAUUUGAACGGUGCUGUGAAGUUGGACAUGAAGGAAUGGUUUGGGAAUUUAAUUAUGAACACUAUGGUCAAGAUCCUAUUUGGAGAACAAUAUACAGAUAAUGAGGAUGAAGAAAGAAGGAAGGUUCACAAAGUAAUUAGAAGAUUGUUUGAAUUAUUGGGUGUAUCUAUUGUGGCUGAUUUUUUACCUUAUCUAAGAUGGUUGGAUAUUGGAGGCCAUGAGAAGGCCAUAAAAGAGAAUGCUAAAGAAAUAGACAUUAUUCUUGAAGAUUGGUUAGCAGAUCACAAAAGAAAGAGGAAACUAAGGGGAAAUAAAAGUGGGGAUGAAGAAGAUUUCAUGGAUGUCAUGUUGUCCGUUUGUGAAGACAAAGAUAUCCCUGGUGGUUUUGAUACUGAUACCAUUAUCAAAGCUAAUAGUAUUAUUACGCUGGCGGGAGGUACAGACACCACCAUUGUAACUCUAACAUGGACUUUAUCUUUACUCCUAAACAACUACCAGUCACUAAAAAGGGCCCAAGAUGAACUAGAUGCUCAUGUUGGCAAGAACAGACGGGUCCAAGAAUCGGACAUCAAGAACUUGGUUUAUCUUCAAGCUAUUGUUAAGGAAUCGUUCCGUUUAUAUUCACCCGGACCAAUCUUGUUACCCCACGAGUCCAUUGAGGAUUGUGUUGUUAGUGGUUACGAUAUACCAAAAGGGACUCGCUUAUUAGUAAACAUAUGGAAGUUUCAACACGACCCUAAAAUCUGGCCAAAUCCACACGAGUUUACACCAGAGAGGUUCUUGACAACUCACAAAGAUAUUGAUGUAAAGGGCAAUCACUUUGAGUUACUUCCAUUUGGUAGCGGAAGAAGAAUGUGUCCCGGAGUUUCUUUGGCCCUUCAAGUUGUGCACUAUGUGUUAGCUGUGUUGCUGCAAGGGUUUGAAAUUAAGAGGCCUUCAGAUGAACCAAUUGACAUGAGUGGGAGCUUUGGAUUAACAAUUCUUAAAGCUUCUCCACUCGAAGUUCACCUUACUCCACGCUUGGAUUCUAAUCUUUAUAAAUGAAAUGCUGAAAAUUUUAAAUAAAAUAAGGUUAUUAUUAUGCUAGAAUUUUCAAUGGUUACAAUGUUGUGUUUUAGUUUUAUGUAUCAAGAUUUUCUUUUACGCAUGAAAAGUCUGAAAGUAAUACUCCUAUAUAAGAGAUCUUCGUAAAGUCUGAAAAUAAUAUAGAGAUCUUUAUAUGAUCUUUCUAUGUUGGCAUUCUAGAAAUGUUUACAUAAUUAUAAGUGAUGUCUUCAGUCUU